AUACAAUUAUUUCGGAACUUACGGAGAAUACAUGUUUUGAAUAAGUUCUAAGUUUCAAAUUGUAGCUUUGACCAGCUCAAGUGAUCUAAGAUAUUGACAGAUUCCCGAAUAGAAUUCCAAAACUAUUUCGUUCAGAUGGAAGCCAUAUUUCGAGGAUGACUAAGUCACAAAGCAAGAGUGGUCAACAGCCGUCUGUAUUGUCUAAUCUAACCUCAAUGUUAUCAAAUUCAACCUUCGUAUUAUCUAGUACAGACCUUGAGUUCUCUAAUUCAAUCUAUGAAUUGUCAAAUGCAACUUUAAAGUUGCCAAAUGCCUCUGUGACAUCUAACACGGACCAUGAGUUCAUUACUUCUUUGUUGAGUAAUGCUACCACUGAAUGGUCCAAUUCCUCCAAUGUAUCCCACAAUUCUUCUCACGUUCACUACCCCCUUUCUAUAUUGACAGUCGUCCAGAAAUACGCCCUGCCCCCACUGCUUGUGUUUGGCAUUGUCACCAACGUCCUUACGCUCCUGACACUAAGGUCUCCAGCACUGAAACAGUCUCCGUACGUUUACCUGGCCGCUUUGGCCGCUGCUGACCUCGCAGCUCUGGUCCUCACCUUCAUUGACCACAUCUGCGACCACAAGGACCUUGCGCAUACAGUUUUUCGUAUUCGAGUCUACUAUCCUAUUACCAAUAUGGCCGCGACAAUCGGAGUCAAUGUAAUGUUGGUACUAACUAUCGAACGUUGCUUCUUCGUGCAGUGCCCUUUAAAGGCUCCAAUAAAGUGUACCGUCUACAGGGCCAGGAUACACAUCAUCAUCAUCUUCCUGUUCAGCUUGUUUGUCAACCUUCCUAGGUUUUUUUGGUACAAUGUUAAAGUUUUUAAUAAUUCUAGCGAAGUUGGUUUUCACAUAUUUAUCAAUUAUGACCCUGACCUAUCUAAAGUUAUCACUUGGAUCCACAGCACUGUUCAUAAUUUUAUUCCUUUUUUGGUCAUGAUUGUACUAAAUCCCUUUCUUGUAUACAAAGUUCGGCAACAACAGAAAAAUCGACGCAAUCUAGGCGUUCGUCUAUUGGUUAGUAUCACAAUAUGGUCACGUGAACAAACGCGCCUGACGACAGUUUUAACCGCCAUCAUUUUUCUCUUCAUUGUUCUCGUUCUGCCUUCCGCCUUCGCUGACGACCCCAUCUUGAAAACCAUAAUGGGUAAGGAUUGCAACAAAGAUCAUAUACAUAUCUAUCAGGUGACAUCCAAUAUACUCAUGUGGUUCAACUUCUCCGUCAGUUUUAUUCUCUACACCUUCAUGAACAGUAAAUUUUUGAAAGCAUUUAAGGAACUUUUGUCCGCAUACACGCCAGGCUUUCUGAGGAGAUCUGUUAAAACCGGCAGAUUGGCGAGACAGGCCAGAUUUCAUGUGACUUUGAAGAAAGAAUGUAGCCAGACGAUCUCUUUAAAUCGAGACUCUUCACUCAGCGGUAUAUUAAACUAAAAAAAAAAAUCUUUGAAGAAGUCAGGUUUGAUCUUAGUAAGGGUCAUUCGGGACUGCCACCCAAGAACCCGAGCUUCAGGCAAGUCUAUAAAUAUUGCAUGACUAAGUGGACAACAUCAAACGACAAAAGGAGCUUGCACCUUGAUGAACCAAUAAUUUUGCUGUUAAAAAACCUAAA